GUCCAGUUUUAAGAUGCAAUAAGAAUGAUUAUGUUUCUCAGAUUGAAACUGAAUUGCUCAAGUACUGGAGUGAGUAAGGAAAUCUGCACCAAAAGGCUCAUUGUUCCAAUUCCUCAUGAACCCAGUCCCUGAGCCGGUAGCCCUCCACACUGAGCCGAUGUGGGGAAUGGAGUUUCUGGGCCCUUUCGGGAGCAGGUGGUGUCAGAAGUGGCGUCGAGGAUCGUCUGCACUAGUGAAGAUCUCCAGCCUCGGUCCCUCUUCCGUGUGGAAUGACUCCCCCAGCCCUGCUCCCGUCUCUUGCUCUAACUCAGAAUCAGGGCUGGGACGAAGUUUUUGCAAGUCCCGCUCUGACUGAUUGGGGACUUUCUCUUGAGCUCAAACAUGCUUUGGGGAGAGGGUCUCAGCUGGACUGCCAGGAAAGUGGGGAAUGGUUGCUGGCCUGUUGUAGUUCCUUAAGUGUUUCAUUUCCGGGCAAAGAAUGGUUGUAGCAAGUUGGCGGCAGGGACAUUACUGGAGCUGGGGUCUCCUGAUUUCCUUCUUUCUGCUCUUCUCUGCUACAUCCCCCAGAAGUCUUGAAGCUGUGUUUCGGAUCAUUUCCCAGAAGGCUUCAUUCUUCCAUCCUAUGUGUAACCCAAUCCUAAGUUUCUUUUUAGAUCCUUUUGCAAUGUCUCUGAGCUCUUGGAUGUAAUAAAUAUUAGCUAAUAUUUAACUUCUUAUUGAAAUGUAAGAGCUCAUACUUUCAAGUACUUACCAUCUGUUCAGGCAGUGUACUUAGUGCUUUACAAGUUUUAACUUAGCCCCCCCAUAGCCCUGUGAGGUGCAGACACUAUUAUUAUUCCCACUUUACAGGUGAGAAAACUGAGGCAUGAAGAUUACACGACACAGGCUUUUAGAAGGACCCGGUAUGAGUUUAACUCAGGACAUGCUGAACGGAGAACUGAAGAAGCUGUCGGAAGGUCUGGAAGACACCAAACACAGUAACGUGAUGAAGCUCCUCCGAGUGGCCCUCAGUGGACAGCUGCAAGGACCUCCUGUAGCUGAGAUGAUGUUGUCCUUGGGACCAAAGGAAGUGCGGGAACGAAUACAGAAGGUGCUUUCCAGCUAGAGAGAAGGUGUGCAGGACAGCAGAGGUGGCCACAGGAACUGUACUCGUGGGACCUGCCCUCAGAGGGGAGGAGCAGGAGGCCUGGGGCCCAUUGGAAGCUUGUGGAAGGAACCAAGAAUGGACACAGGGCCUCUGGGUGCACAGGUGCAUUUGUGGCUCCACGCCAGGCCCAUCCUUAUCAGUUGGCCAGGGUCACCCAGCUCCCCUCACCUCCCUGACGCUGGAAAGGAAGGCCUCACGUAUGAUUCUGACACCACAGUACACGGCAGAGGUUAGGAGCUGGCUCACUGAACAGUCACAGCUCAUGUUUUAGUCUGCUCGGGCUGCCAUGAAAAAAUAUCACAGAAUGGUGGCUUAAACAACAGAAAAUGAUUUUCUCACAGUUCUGGAGGCCAGUAGUCCAAGAUCAAGGUGUUGGCAGGUUUCGUUUCUCCCGAGGCCUCGCUCCUUGGUUUGCAGACAGCUGCCUUUUUGCUCUUUCCUCACAUGGCCUUCCCUCUGUGUGUGCCCUCGGUAUCUCUGUUUGUCCAAAGGCCCUCUUCUUAAGAGGACACCAGUCAGAUUGGGUUAAGGCCCCCCCUCACGGCCCAGUUUGAACUUAAUCACUUCUUUAAAGGCCCUGUCUGCAAAUUCGGUCACAUUCUGAGGUACGGAGAGGUUAGGGCUUCACAUGUGAGUUUGUUUUUUCUUUUUUUUCUUUUUUUUUUUUUUUUUUUUGCGGUAUGCGGGCUUUUCACUGUUGUGGCCUCUCCCGUUGCGGAGCACAGGCUCCGGAUGCGCAGGCUCAGCGGCCAUGGCUCACGGGCCCAGCCGCUCCACGGCAUGUGGGAUCCUCCCGGACCGGGGCAUGAACCCGUGUCCCCUGCAUUGGCAGGCGGACUCUCAACCACUGCGCCACCAGGGAAGCCCCCAGAUGUGAGUUUUGAGGGGAACACAGCUCAGCCCAUGCAUAACAGCUUGGCAGCAGCCUGGACUCCUGGGUCCCAGUUCUCAGGCCCAGUUUGACUUUGUUUUUUUGUUUUGUUUUUUAAUAAAUUUAUUUAUUUUUGGC